GCCCGUUUGCCUCCUUCUCGCUCCCUCUCGCCUCUCUGCCCGCAGCUUCUGCCUCGCGCUCUCCCCGACUUGCAGCCCCAGUUCCCUAUCCGGCCGCCUGGCACACAGACACCCAGACACGCACGCCUCCCAGCUCUGGGCGGCAGCAGCAGCAGCGAUGCACCUGCCUCCUCCGCCCCCCUAGUUCUCCCGGCUCUCCUGGAGCCCAGGUGGGAGUCGGAUGGCCUUGAAAGGGAGGAGGGGGGCAGCCCUGGGCCCCUCCUCUGAGCGAUGCCCAGCUCCGGGGGCAAUGCCCAGUCCCUGAGCUGCCGCUGCCAGCAUCUCCCUUUGGCGGGGCAUUUUCUUGCGGUGAGGGGUCUGUGAUCUUGGAAGGCUUCCCCACUCCCCGGCUAGCUGGGAAGACAAGACCCUGCAGAGUUUGGCAAAGUCUCCCUUCGAGAGGAGCCCCUCUCUGGAGGCGGAGGGGUGGGUGGAGGUGGCUCUCCCCUUUCCCCCAAAAAGCCCCCUCCCCGGCACAAGCGACAGUCUUGUUGGCACCACCAUGAAUGCCCCCUGCGGCGCCCUGCAGCUCUUCCUGGCCGCCGCCUUGCACUUCCAGUACGGUGUCACGACGAUUCUGCCACGUCAGACUGAGACAGAACCAACUGUGGAAGUGAUCAAGUUCCUAGAUGUGUUCAGCCGCAGUGUCUGCCAAGUGAAGGAGACAAUAGUAUCUUUGGACGACGAGUACCCAGAGUUAGUCGCUGAGCACAUAAUUGUACCCUCAUGCGUGUUCUUGAAGCGCUGCGCUGGCUGCUGCACCGAUGAAUCGACAACGUGUAUGGCCCUCAAGACGCAUACUGUGGCCAUGGAGGUGAUGCUGUUGAGCCCGUUCCAACAUAGCCAGGUAAUACAGCUGACUUUUGAGGAACACACGAAGUGUGCAUGCAGACCAAGAAAAAGUUUUAGUUCGGCUACACCCAGCAGCCCAACCUGUGCACCCUGUCUGGACCGGAAGAAACAGCUGGACCCUCGGACGUGUGAAUGUGUUUGCAGGCAUGACUCCACACGUUGUGAGGAACGUGGUUGGGAACUCAACAAGGCCACUUGCAGGUGUGUGAAACUCCAGAGGCGACCCAACAGGAAAGCAAAAAAGGUGCUGUAGCUGGAUCGGAACCAGGACUUGGAUCUCUGAAUUCUCUCCGUUGGGGAUUAUCUGCUGGAAAUGACACAAACGGCCCUCAUUGAGGAGACGUCCAGUGGCUGCUGGGAAAGGAGACGCAUUCAUCCUCACCUACGAAGCCAUAUUGGAUUAUCUCUCUUUGCAGUGGGUAGAGGCUGUACCUCCCAAGAGCUCUACCACACUCCCACAAAAGGCACGUUGAAGGGGCUUCCCCUGAGCAUCAAAACACUGAGAUUGCCCCUGCCCUCAGUAUUUAAAAACUACGACCCCUGAACUGGUGGAUGGUUUAUCCUCUGCUUGUCCCAUGCCCCUUCUAAUUUAAUGGCCUCUGCUUUGAGGGACCCUCCCUUUGUUUCUGCACAUCCCCCCCUUCACUUUCUUCCCCCAUUUUGCAGCGGGGUUGGGAUGCUUCUGAUUUUCCGCCCCCUUCCAAGCUGAAGGAGACACAGCCAUGGGAGCAGCGAGUCUUUUGCCUUUCAGAAUUCUGUCCCACAAUGCCACUCUUCUUCAUCAUUGGUAGUUCACGUAGGAUCUUUGUAGCAGCUGGGCUUUGCUCAACCUCUGGGGACAUGUUUGCAAAACAGAUAAACUUGCCAUGGUCAACACACCUGCAAAUCAAGCACCCCAAUCUUUUUCUAUUGGCUGCAAUAGGAAUGCUUUGUUCAAGCCUGAUUUCAGCAGGGAAACCUGUGGGCGCCAGGGCAGGCCUCUGCAGGUACAUGUACGCCCACGGGUGUGGCUGGCUGGAUGCCUGAGCAGCAACAUACCACACUGUAACUUUUUGUUGCAGGGCCAGCUUCACAGUAACGAAUGGGCGAUCAGUAUUUCUGGUGCUUCACUGGUUACACAGAUGUAAAUCAGCUCCCUGCCCCUAGGAGCGUACAGUUCAGAUGUCAAUACUAGAGUGGACACUGAGAUGUAAGGAUAGCAAGGAGUGAGCAUAUGCAAUGGUAUGUGCCACUCUGGCCCAAACCAGAUGCAGGAGCUCUGUGAUCAGACCUCCCAGCCUUUCAGUUUUGACCCAACAGCAGCCGCAAGAGACUUUGAUCAAAGCAAUGGUGUGCUGGGAAAAAUAAGCUUUGUUUUGUUUUAUUUCAUAUAUUUAUUUAAAGAGCUUUUAUUUUGCCAAACAAAGGCUUCAGAGCAGCUUGCAGAUAACUCUAAACUAGGCAUUCCCUGCCCUCAUGUGUACAAUUGAAAAAGUCAUACAAAAUGAAAGUGGAAUGGGAAGAAGGAGGAAAUAAGCAAGCUCAGAUACAAGUUCUUAGUUAAAAUUCUUCUGAGGGCCAGCUAGCGGGGAAAUGUUCAAGGAGAGGAGCCAUUUCCUGGAUCAAAAUCCCACUCUUCCCCCAGCUGCUCUUAACCUCACAGUUGAAAGCAGCCUAGGUACCUGCAAGUUCACUGUGAGUCUGUGACACUAAAGUCUUAAUCUAUUUAUUUAUCUAUAGAUAUAGAUAUCAACGGUGCUGGAGAAGAGUACAAGGGGACAGGUCCCUGCCCCCAAGGGGCUUACAAACAAGAAUUUGACCUGGGGGAAUAGAGAAAGGGGUAACGCGGGGGGGAUAUUUUGGUUACACAUACUUAGGCAUACCUCACAGGCAUGAGGCAUGAGGUCACAGAGUUUGUGCCAAAGGUUAGCAAAAAAAAAGGGGGCUAUGAAUUAAAGAAUGUUAUCAACAAGAGAUCCCUGUUAUAAACAGCUGUGCUACCCUAGAGGAGGCUGCAUCAUUCUGAGAAAUGCAUACUCUGCAUUUCUGGAAAUGUUCUGCCAGGCAACAGAGAUUUACACUUCAGAGGCUUUUCAGCCUAUUCAAAGAGCCCGUGCUGGAUCUGACCAAAGCUCGACUUUUACCUAGCCCAAGAAUCUUGCUGCUGACUGUGGUCAGCAGCCAGCUGCAUCUGGGAAGCCCUCAUGGCUUGGAGGCCACAGACACUUCCUGCUGUCCCUCCCCAGCCCCAGCAAUUGGUAUUCAGAAGUAGACUGCCCCUGGUGAUGGAGGUUCCAUUUGUCUAAUUGCUCUUCUUCUGUUUCCAUUGAGCUAUUGCGGCUAAUGGGUAGCUGUUUACAACUUGGCAAUGUGGGGGUUUUUUUGGGAGGCGCACAGAGGAAACGGAGCCCAGCUUUUCCUCCUGCUCUGGUUUGGCUGCCAUUGUUAACAGCCCUAUACAGUGUCCUCCUUCUAGCUUUCCAUAGCCAGCAGCCUGUAGAACUUGAUUCCCUCUUUCCUCUUUUCAAGGCCUGUGAAUUGCUGAGUCAUUCCUUUCUUUCCCAGGCUGGUUGAAUGGGUUCAGCCAUGCCUAGCAUUGGCACUGCCAGCCAGCGGCGUGCUUUCCUGCAUGGAUUCCCCAGGCCAUGGCGAGUGAGUGUGUGUGUGCUUGUGUUGGGGAGGAGGGAUCCUUGCCAUGUGAGCUUCUCAUGACUGGAAGAAUAAGGAGCUGAUCCCAUCACAAGAUGCGGCUUGAUCCUAAAUGGAGACGUUUAGGAAAUAGGAGAGAAAUUUGAUUCAGUUCUCAUUUAAAGCCGAAUCUAUCGAAUUUGCACUUUCCAAAACAUUAUGAGAACUGUAACACCACCAGUCUUCCAAAUUUGCACUUAUCUCAGUUCUGCAAUGCAGUUCUCCAACCAAACAAUGUGUACAAUCAAGUAUAUAUUAGGGCAAACAUGCAUAAAAUGAAUAUAUUCAUGAAAAUAAUAUACAAAAAUGCAUUAUAUUAGGAGAAAUUGCUUGCAAAAAUGUACAUUAGUCAAAACUGUAUGUAAACAUGUGUUUAUUAGGAGAAAUUCACACUAAAAUGUUGAAUUUUCAUGAGGAUUUUGAAAAACAAAAUUUGCAAAUUUUAAAACAAAAUUCGCUAAGAAAUCUGGAGAAAGAAUAAUGAAAAAUGGAGAGAACUGAAAUUGACUCAUUCAUCCCUAGCAGGGACUCAAAGCCUUCUCAUUCUGGAAGCUAUGCGUUCUCCGGCCUGGAGACCUUUGAAUUUUAAGUCCCAUCUGCACUAUUAAAAUAGUAUAAUACUACCUUAAACAGUCAUGGCUUCCCACAAAGAACCCUGGAACUGUAGUUUGUUAAGGGUUUCUGAGAGUUGUUAGGAGACCCCUCCACCCUUCACAGGACUACAGUUCACAGAGUUCUCUUGGGAAGAGGGAUGGAUUGUUAAGCCAGUGAUAUGAUACUGCUUGAUAUGUGUAGUGCAGAUAGGGCCCUAGGUCAAUGCACAGGAGCAGGCUCAGAGGGGGAAAAGAAAAGGGGGCAAUCCUAACUUGUGGCUGUGUGGAAAUGUUCUACAUUCAUCAAAACGGACCCUGGGGGAAACAGACCAUCGUUGUUCGACAUGUAAGGUUAAGUAACAUUGCAAAUUGCAUUUAGUAGGCAUUUAAUUUGCCUUUGAAGUUAUUGCAUUUAGAAUGACUAGAUGGCCUUCAUGUGAUGUUUCUGCGAUCCUCCAAUUUUAUUGUAUUUUUUGUUCAUUUCAUCACGCACAAGUAUUUACAUAUUUUACUGUAUCCCAUUAUCUGAACACCUCUUUGCCA